AUGGAUAUGGUUAACCAAAGAAAGAAGAACAUGGGGCGCCAGAAGAUUGAGAUCAAGAAGGUUGAGAAAGAUUCCAACAAACUUGUCACUUUCUCAAAAAGAAGACAAGGUUUAUUCAGAAAAGCAAGCGAACUUUGUGUCUUAUGUGAUGUUCAUGCAGCCAUCAUUGUGUUUUCCCCUGGUGACAAACUCUACUGUUUUGGGCAACCCGACACUAACGUUGUCCUCAAUAGCUACAUCAAAGGAACCACUGAGUUUGAGGAUUCAAAGUCAGCAGAAAAUUCUCCGACUUGCAAAGAUUACAAUAGACAAUAUGAGGAGGCACAAAAGAUGUUGGAGACGGAAAAGAAGAAACUAGAAGAUGUUCAAAAUUUGGCUAAGAUUUUCAACAAGGGUGACUGGUGGAAUGAUUCAAUUGAUGAUAUGAGUAGUGAUCAGCUUGAACAAUUUAUGGUGUCCAUUUACGAGUUAAGGAGGAAGCUUGUUGAAAGGGCUGAUGAACUUGUCAUGAAGCAAAGUGUCAUGCCCUAG